AUGGCGAAACAGACCUAUGUGGUUCAGAAAGUAUUUCAAAUAAUAUUCAUCAUAUGCCUGGGAGCUACGUUGUUUGUCUCUGGAUUUGAAACUUCUUAUACGGGGAAGUAUAUGUUUUAUGCUGCUGAAAAUCGCGCACUACAAGAGUUUACCUAUGAACAAAAACUUGUUCGAUCGCGUGUCAUCUGCGGACGGGAAUGCAGCAUGGAUGACCAUUGCAAGUCUUUUAACUUCAACGACUGCAGUAAAAUGUGCGAGUUGAACCUUGCCAAAAGACAAGAGCAUCCUGAAGACUUCAACGCAACUCAAGGAAGUGUGUACUUUGAUGCAGAUGAGAACACACCUCUCCACUCACUGACUGAUAGCUACUUGGAUCACUGCAAAAGUUGCAAGAUGCUCCUUGAUGCCGACUAUCGUUCAAGCGGUAUCUACACAAUCUACCCAGAGGGAUUUGGUAAUGGCGGUCUUCGUGUAUACUGUGACAUGGAAACUGACGGCGGGGGAUGGAUCGUGUUUCAGAGGCGACAAGAUGGCAGCGUGGACUUCUACGGCAACUGGGCCGAGUACCAGUCUGGCUUUGGCGAUCUGUCCGGUGAGUUCUGGUUGGGCAAUGACAACUUGGUGACUCUGACGUCUUAUGAGUCAUAUGGAACAUGGGAGCUACGAGUUGAUUUAGAGGACUGGGAGGGCAACACGGCAUGGGCAAAGUAUUCAGAUUUCCAAAUAUCCCCGGGUGAGUACAAUCUGAAUAUUGGUCGAUACGAUGGCAGCAGCACUGCCGGUGACUCUCUUGGGCAUGAAACAAAUCCCCUGUGGUAUCACAGAGGACGUCCCUUCUCAACAAAAGAUCAUGACAAUGAUGUGUCAGAUCUAUACACUUGUGCACAAAAGUACACAGGAGCCUGGUGGUUUAAUAAUUGUUUUUACUCUCACCUGAAUGCUCAAUACUACCCAGAUGAGAAUGCAGGUAGUUACCAGGGUUUGCAAUGGCAUUCAUGGAAAUCGGGUUAUUCUCUGAAAGCAUGUAGCAUAAAAAUGCGGGAAAUUGGACCAUAAACAUUGUUUUAUUAAUAUUCUUUUAAUGUGUUGACGCUU